AUGGAAUACGCUAAUGUAAACAGUCAUCUGGAGCGGAACAUUAAUCCGUUUCACCUGACUAACGGCAUUGGAAUUCGCACGACGGGAGUGAUGACAGGAAGGUCUUUAAUAAAUUAUAAGAUUCUUGAUUUGGGUUGA